AUAUGGAUCUGUUUCUACCGUUGGUUCCUACUCUUUGGUGUUGACAUAUGUUUUUUUGACAAUGUUUUUUUAUUUGUUAAAGUUUUAGAAGUUAUACAUUUUGUACCGUAUAAGUUGACGAAACGAGAUGGGACGACAGAAGAAAGACGCCGGCGUGAGCCGCGAGGAGCGGAUGGUGGUGAGCAUCGCGGAGAUAAUCCAGGAGCUGGUCUCGGCGCACCAGAAGGGCAAGGACGUGAACCUGAACCGGAUGAAGACGAGGAUCGCCUCGAAGUACGGGCUGGAGACGUCCCCGCGCCUGGUCGACAUCAUCGCCGCGGUGCCCGCCGAGUACAGGAGAGUGCUCCUGCCCAAGCUGAAGGCGAAGCCGAUACGCACGGCCAGUGGAAUCGCGGUGGUAGCGGUGAUGUGCAAGCCCCACCGCUGCCCGCACAUCAACAUGACGGGCAACAUCUGCGUCUACUGCCCCGGCGGGCCCGACUCGGACUUCGAGUACUCGACCCAGUCGUACACGGGCUACGAGCCGACCUCCAUGCGGGCCAUCAGGGCGCGCUACAACCCCUACCUGCAGACGCGACAUCGCGUGGAGCAGCUGCAGCAGCUCGGCCACAGCGUGGACAAGGUAGAGUUCAUCGUGAUGGGCGGCACCUUCAUGAGCCUGCCCGACGACUACCGAGACUUCUUCAUCCGCAACCUGCACGACGCCCUGUCCGGCCACACCAGCGCCAGCGUCGCCGAGGCCGUCAGGUUCUCAGAGAGGAGCAAAGUGAAGUGCAUCGGCAUCACGAUAGAGACGCGGCCCGACUACUGCCUCAAGCGCCACCUCUCCGACAUGCUCGGCUACGGAUGCACGCGACUCGAGAUCGGGGUGCAGUCCGUGUACGAGGACAUUGCGCGCGACACGAACCGCGGCCACACGGUCCGCGCCGUGUGCGAGAGCUUCCAGCUGGCCAAGGACGCCGGCUUCAAGGUCGUGGCGCACAUGAUGCCGGACCUCCCCAACGUGGACCUGGAGAGGGACGUGGAGCAGUUCAUAGAGUUCUUUGAGAACCCGGCGUUCCGGGCGGACGGGCUGAAGAUCUACCCGACCCUGGUGAUCCGCGGCACGGGCCUCUACGAGCUGUGGAAGACGGGCCGGUACAAGAGCUACCCGCCGGGCACGCUGGUCGACCUGAUCGCCCGCAUCCUGGCGCUCGUCCCGCCGUGGACGCGCGUCUACAGGGUCCAGCGGGACAUCCCCAUGCCUCUGGUCAGCUCGGGCGUGGAGCACGGCAACCUGCGGGAGCUGGCCCUGGCGCGGAUGAAGGACCUGGGCACGGACUGCCGCGACGUGCGCACCAGGGAGGUCGGCAUCCAGGAGAUCCACCACAGAGUCCGCCCGUACGAGGUGGAGCUGAUUCGCAGAGACUACGUGGCGAACAGCGGCUGGGAAACGUUCCUGUCCUACGAGGACCCUGAGCAGGACAUCCUGGUGGGCUUGCUGCGGUUAAGGAAAUGCUCCGGCGAAACUUUCAGGCCGGAGCUGAAGGGGGGCGUGUCGGUGGUGCGCGAGCUGCACGUGUACGGCAGCGUGGUGCCGGUGAGUGUGCGCGACCCCACCAAGUUCCAGCACCAGGGGUUCGGCACGCUGCUCAUGGAGGAGGCGGAGAGGAUCGCCCGGGAGGAGCACGGCUCCGCCAAGAUCGCCGUCAUCUCCGGUGUCGGCACUAGAAACUACUACAGAAAGAUUGGCUACGAGUUGGAUGGCCCGUACAUGUCCAAGUCACUGGUGUGAGGGUGAUAUCCGCUGGAAUGUACUGGACUGUGGAAAGAAGUGGGGCAGUAAGGAAUGCCUAGUCAGAGGUGCAUCUGUGUUAGUAAAUCGGGAUAAUAACUGCGACACUCACUGGAAUAUCUGGCAACCAGUCGUCUCAUCUUGCAUAUGGCAGCUAUGAGAUUUUAGUGGUAACCAUAACAUUACAUGGCGGAGAAAUGUAGAUAAAAGUGUAAUGCAAGGCCUUUGGGUACCAGGCAUUGCAUGUCUAAAUAUAACUCUGAAAAGAAGUGAGUGAAAACAAAAUACGGAAACAGACCCAACCAUCCGCCCUCAGCGCAUUCUUAAAUGCUUUUCAUAAACAUACAUCACUUGGAUGUCUUGAUCAGUUUUCACAUUGUGUGGUUUCGUCUGAAGCUCUGCACAUCCUUUGUGUGCCCAGGUAGUUCUUCUUUAAACCAUGUUAUUAAAAGAUUGAAAAUGCCCAACGCACCUGCUUGUAAAAUACUUUUUCAAACAUGAAACACCUCUUAGAGAUUCUUGGAAGCAAUCAAGGGACUUGCAUUCCAUAUUUAUCUUCAUUUUGCUGCCAUUUAAUGUUAUGAUUACCGCUCAGAUUUAUAGUUGCCUUGCACUUAAGAGCCGAUACCACAUUAGAAGAACCAGCAAGCGUCACACUUAUCAUCCCACCUAGCCAACACAAGCUAUCUGAAAGAAAUGAGGGCUUGAGCCCCUAAAAAUGCACUUCUUAACAAAAUGCAAGAACUGUGAAGCAAACAUUCUGGAGAGGAUAACAGACUCAAGAAAAAUAAAUUUUACCAAAUUAAUUAAA